CGGUACCAUCCUGGAGCCCGCCCAGAAGAAUGUCUUCUAAGCAAGCCACCUCUCCAUUUGCCUGUGCAGCUGAUGGAGAGGAAGCGAUGACCCAGGAUUUGACCUCAAGGGAAAAGGAAGAGGGCAGUGAUCCACAUGUGGCCUCCCAUCUGCCUCUCCACCCCAUAAUGCACAACAAACCUCACUCUGAGGAGCUACCAACACUUGUCACUACCAUUCAACAAGAUGCUGACUGGGACAGCGUUCUGUCGUCUCAUCAACGAAUGGAAUCGGAGAAUAAUAAAUUAUGUUCCCUAUAUUCGUUCCGAAAUACCUCUACCUCACCACAUAAGCCUGACGACGGGAGUCGGGACCGCGAGAUAACGACCAGUGUUACUUUUGGAACCCCCGAACGCCGCAAAGGGAGCCUUGCCGAUGUGGUGGACACCCUGAAACAGAAGAAGCUGGAGGAGAUGACGCGGACGGAGCAGGAGGAUUCCUCCUGCAUGGAAAAACUACUUUCAAAAGAUUGGAAGGAAAAAAUGGAGAGAUUAAAUACCAGUGAACUUCUUGGAGAAAUUAAAGGUACACCUGAGAGCCUGGCAGAAAAAGAGCGGCAGCUCUCCACCAUGAUCACCCAGCUGAUCAGUUUACGGGAGCAGCUCCUGGCAGCGCAUGACGAACAGAAAAAACUGGCAGCCUCACAAAUUGAGAAACAACGGCAGCAAAUGGACCUUGCUCGCCAACAGCAAGAACAGAUUGCAAGACAACAGCAGCAACUUCUGCAACAGCAGCACAAAAUUAAUCUCUUGCAGCAACAGAUCCAGCAGGUUCAGGGUCACAUGCCUCCGCUCAUGAUCCCAAUUUUUCCACAUGACCAGCGGACUCUGGCAGCAGCAGCUGCUGCCCAACAGGGAUUCCUCUUCCCCCCUGGAAUAACAUACAAACCAGGUGAUAACUACCCCGUACAGUUCAUUCCAUCAACAAUGGCAGCUGCUGCUGCUUCUGGACUCAGCCCUUUACAGCUCCAGAAGGGUCAUGUCUCUCACCCACAAAUUAACCCAAGGCUCAAGGGCCUAAGUGACCGUUUUGGCAGGAAUUUGGACACCUUUGAACAUGGUGGUGGCCACUCUUACAACCACAAACAGAUUGAGCAGCUCUAUGCCGCUCAGCUGGCCAGCAUGCAGGUGUCACCUGGAGCAAAGAUGCCGUCGACUCCACAGCCACCAAACCCAGCAGGGGCAGUCUCACCUACUGGGAUAAAAAAUGAAAAGAGAGGGACCAGCCCUGUAACUCAAGUUAAGGAUGAAACAGCAGCACAGCCACUGAAUCUCUCAUCCCGACCCAAGACAGUGGAACCUGUUAAGUCCCCAACGUCGCCCACCCAGAGCCUCUUCCCAGCCAGCAAAACCAGCCCGGUCAGCCUGCCCAACAAAGGCAGCAUCCCCAGCCCCAUUGGAAACAGCUUGGGAAGAGGAUCCUCUUUAGAUAUCCUGUCCAGCCUCAACUCCCCUGCCCUGUUUGGGGAUCAGGAUACGGUGAUGAAAGCCAUUCAGGAGGCCCGGAAGAUGCGAGAACAAAUCCAGCGGGAACAGCAGCAGCAGCAGCCACACGGUGUGGAGGGCAAACUGUCCUCCAUGAAUAAUAUGGGUCUGAACAACUGCAGGAGUGAGAAGGAAAGAACACGCUUUGAGAGUCUGGGGCCCCAGUUAACGGGAAAGCCCAGUGAAGACGGGAAGCUGGGCCCAGGUGUCAUCGACCUUACUCGACCAGAAGACGCAGAGGGAAGUAAAGCAAUGAAUGGCUCUGCAGCUAAACUACAGCAGUAUUAUUGUUGGCCAACAGGAGGUGCCACUGUGGCGGAAGCACGAGUCUACAGGGAUGCCCGCGGCCGUGCCAGCAGUGAGCCACACAUCAAGCGACCAAUGAAUGCAUUCAUGGUUUGGGCGAAGGAUGAGAGGAGGAAAAUCCUUCAGGCCUUUCCCGACAUGCAUAACUCCAACAUUAGCAAAAUAUUAGGGUCUCGCUGGAAAUCCAUGUCCAACCAGGAGAAGCAACCUUAUUAUGAAGAGCAGGCCCGACUAAGCAAGAUUCACUUAGAGAAGUACCCAAACUAUAAAUACAAACCCCGGCCGAAACGCACCUGCAUUGUUGAUGGCAAAAAGCUCCGGAUUGGGGAGUAUAAGCAAUUGAUGAGGUCUCGGAGACAGGAGAUGAGGCAGUUCUUCACUGUGGGGCAACAGCCUCAGAUUCCAAUCACCACAGGAACCGGUGUUGUGUAUCCUGGUGCUAUUACUAUGGCAACGGCCACACCAUCACCUCAGAUGACAUCCGACUGCUCUAGCACCUCGGCCAGCCCAGAGCCCAGCCUGCCAGUCAUCCCGAGCACUUAUGGAAUGAAGACAGACAGCGGAAGCCUGGCUGGAAAUGAAAUGACUAACGGAGAAGAUGCGAUGGAAAUAUAUGACGACUAUGAAGAUGACCCCAAAUCAGACUACAGCAGUGACAACGAAGCCCCGGAGUCCGUCGGUGCCAACUGAGGUGGUGGUUUGCCGAAUUAAAAUACUCGGACAUCUCAUCCUCCCUCCCCCAACAAAAGUUCUUAAAGAGCCCGCAUGCAUUUGUGGCUCCCCAAUGACAUCAGCAGAAUGGUCUUAAUUGUUUCGUAACGUGUGAGACAGAUUAAGUUUUCCCUGAUUUUUCAUGAACUUGAGUUUUGUUUUUGUUUUUUGGGGGGGUCGUUGUUGUUGUUAUUCUUUUUUUUUUUAAUUUAGGUGAAGACAUAUUAAAUAUGAGACACCAGGACUUGAAAACUUAUCUCAACCCAUAGCUGUCUUAAAAGUCUUAUAUUUUGUCUUACUUUUUUUUUUCCUUUUGGAUGUUGAUAAAGGUUUAAGUUACUGUUUUAGAUGGGGUAAAACAUUCUCACUCAGGUAUGCUGUGCCGGCCUACAGGUUGUGAAUGUGUUUUUAUUCUGAAUUAUUUUAGCCAACAACUGAGGAUUUCCGAUAUUGUGAAACAGAACCGGUCCACGGCGUGCGCAGCUGCAUGGAGAGCAUAUUCAAAAGGCUUCGGAAUUCCAUUUUUCCAUAUGUAGAGUUCAACUUUGAAUGUGCCAAACUUUUUCAUAACUUUUGAAUCUUAAACAUUUUGAAAGUCUUAAAGGAGACACUGCAAAGUCUUAGACAAUCUUUGGCAUCUUAAAAUGAAAUCGCGAACCAUACCUUUUAUGUUUAUUUCCCCCAGCAAAUGGUAAAGUACUCAGGAAUCUGGAGACGAGCUGUUGUAAGGAACGAACAAGGUUGCCACAGUGCAUGUACUCAAUCGUGUUUGCCUCAUGACGUGCCAUCCGGUGCGACGUGGUAUGACGUCUGCACCCCAGAGGGGUCCCCACACCAGAGACCGCGCCCCCUCCUUCUCCCUCCCCGUGGCCUUUUCCGCCUGAGGCCGCCUCUCCCUACACCCACUGUCCCUUGGCCUUUAGCCCUGACAUUCAGUCUUAAACACAUUUUUUUCUCUUAAAUAAUUUAUUCAUUCCAGAAUGUCAAGGGUCCACUUACUAUUUAUUUUUUUAAAAAAAAUAUUGUUGGUGGCAUUAAUUUAAUAAUUCUUGUUUUUUCACCCUCCUUCCCAGAACUUUUCCAGCCUUUUUGACCUCCUUCUCCUGCUAGAUACAAAAGAUGUACAUAGUAAUUUUAUGUCCCCAGAGCUUCUGGAAGCAUUUCUGAAACAAGAUACUAUUAAAUACCUAUAUUGUUGUUUUGAAACGUGAGUGUCUAUCUGGCUACAGGGAUGUGUAUUUGGAUAUAGGUGUAUAAGCUUACAUUUCAAUGAUGGGCAUGCCCUUGAGGUGCGCUGUGACCUCUGAUCUUUGGCCAGAAUUUCCCCGAUUCCGUUCAGCAGCAUGUGAUCAGGGCAGCUUGGGUGGGGUUUCCCCAAGUUCAGUUCAGCUGUGAAGGCCAACAGAGGGGACUGCCAGGUGGGGAGCCCAGGGCUUCCAGGCCAUGCAGGAGAUGCUGUGGAGGCUGCUGUUGGGUGAAUGCUUAACUGUGAGCUGCCUUGUCCCAGCUGGCAAGUCUGGGAGUUCUUUGCAAAAGCCCCAGCCUAAAAAGAGCAGCCCCCACCCACCCAGGGCAGCCUUAGCGCAAAGACAGAGGCGAGUGGUGGUGAGAAUGAGAGACAACUUUAAGGAAGGAGGAGGGGGGCGGGGCGGGAUGCAUUCCCAUCGGGGAUGCUCCUACUUGUAAUGCUGGGGAACAUAUCUCCUAGGGCCGCAGAAGAGCCCAUCUGACUGACUCCCUGAGCGUGUGGAUGGGUGGAGGGUAUGGCUACCUGUGAGCAAGACUGUGUCUGCAUCUGGGUCACAGCCCUGUCCCUGGAGCUGUGCUGAUGUGCUGGGAAGCAGCAAGGAUUCAUUCCUCAUCUAACUACAGGGAGCUUGGCUGUGCCAUUCUGACCUUCCUAAAGCCAGGACUGAUUGCCCAUGGGAGGCUCCCUGCCCAGUGGGCCGAUGGGAAACCUUUCGCCUCAUGGGGUACCCUGGAAUCUGAUCACCAGGACAUAGGAAUGGUCCUGUCGGAUUUCUUGAGCCAUUUUGCCACUUGGAAGAAAAUAGUGUACCUACAUAUUUAUUUAAAGAGUGCUCAAGGCCAUCCCUAAUAGCAAUAAAUAGGUCCAGCCCAGCUAUUACGCGAUGCCAUUAGCUGGGAGUGCUCUCUAUAAGCUGAUCAAGGUACUGAUAGAAAUGUUGUGUUCUUAAUAUUGGUUGGGAAUUGGAACCUUGUUUUUGUAUGUUUAUUUUGAAUGAGGAGGAGGUCAUUUUUUUCUAAAAUGAAAAUGAGUAUUUAUUAUUGUUUUACUGGUUCUCGCAUUAUAUACCUCUCCUCCUCGGAGCAUUCUCACCUUCUCUCCUGCUCCUCCGCUCCUGCUCUCUCUGCUUUCCUUUCAGUGUCUAGGCAGAGCGCUGUAUGGCUAGCAGUGUGUUGUAUGUAACUCACUUUGCACAAAGGCAAACAUUGAGAAUAGGAGGUUAAUUCUGCUUGCUUUUACGACCAUGCCAAAAUCAUAUCCGGGGCUGGUGGAGAACAAAGGACGGUUCUUUAGGACUGAAACUUGAUUUUGCUUAUAGUUAAAAAAAAGAAAGAAAAGAAAAAAAACCACACACACUCACAGAUGUUGUUUCGUAAGUGUUAUAAGCACUGGAUGUAAAUGGUAUUUUUAUCACUUCUGACUAAUGUGAAACUGUCGUACGAAAACUGCAUGAACAACAGUCUUCUGUUUGGACUCGUGUGGGCUUGCCUCACAGUUGCCGGACUUGAGUCAUUUUUAUGUCUUGUUAUUUCAUUUAUUUAUGCAAAAUACAUGUGUGUAUGAACACUUUGUUUUAGCUCCAACUCUGCCUCGGUACACUGGGGCUCAGCUACGUUUAGCCAUGCUCUCAAAAUGAAAGGCUAUACAGGAAUGAUCUGAUUGUAAGCGUCUCUCUCAUUGACCGAAUGAUGAGGCUGUAUUUGAAUCUAAAUUCGGUGCAUACAAAGUUUAUUUUAUUUAUUAGCCAACUUUGGCUCUAAUAUCCGUGGAAAUUGAGAAUGACAAUCAUAGGGCUCACUUUGUUUGAUUUUAAUUGGGGCUUAAAACAAAGUUGUUGGUUGGGUUUUUUUAUGACUUUACCAUCUCAUUUUCGAUUUUUUUAAUUGUGUAAAUAUAACAUAGUCAUAGAAUUUUAUUUUUGGUUCUUGGAUGCGUAGUGAGGUAUAAGUUAUUUCCUUUUGUUCUCUAUCCACAUGUGUUGGUCCAGACAAAAAAGCUGAAAAGGCACUGUACCUCACUCAGCAGGGGCAGUGACUCCUCAGCCGCAGUCAGAGAGCAGUGCUGGCCCAGAAGACGGGCAGCAAAAACCUGUCCUCGGGUUCUCAUGGAGUCCAGGACCCACUGUCCACAGAUUGACUUUUCCUUUCUUUUCUCCUCUUAGGAAUUUGAUGAAUGGAAUAUUCUAAAUUGCCAGUACAGCUGGGAGAGAAUCCAUCUGAUUUUCAAAACCAUCUAAAAUAUAUAAAAUAGCUCUCUGACCAUUUAAUAGUGAGAAGCAGGAAUGGCCAUGACAGAGUCAAAACUCCACCUCUGAGGUUGGCUAUUCACGCCCCACCAUGCCAAUGAUGUUAAAGAAUGUAAGCUUUUUUCAAAGAGAAAAAGAAUCUUCAUUUUGUUAAAGAAGCCACAGGAUUCGGAUGUUUUUUCCUUCUCAAAUAGGGACACUGACAAUCUCCCCCUUAAAAAAAAUCUAAAGGGCCGUAUAGAAUAGAAAGGAAGAGAAAGGAAAAGGUAGUCAACCCAUCUGCGGACAUGAGCAGCGGAGCAGGCAAUUCCUCAGUAUCAUUGGCAGGUGUGAUGCAGCAUCUCUUCCAGAAAGGUCCCAGGGCUGUGGUGUUUUCCCCGGCUUCCAGCUCAAGCUUCCAAGUGCCCAUCCGUUUCCUUCUGUGGGUAUUUGACACUAGGACUGAAGUGUUUUGCCAGGCCCCUGACGCCAACUCCUAGGCCAAGUCCUAAAUGCACGGGUUGGGUCACAGUGCAGUGGAGCUUCUCCAUGGCCGGCCUCUCUCUGAAUAUUAGCCCCCUGGGAAUCUGGGGUGUUGGGAAAGGGUGUGGUCACCCUCCACCUGAAAUUCAAGGCUGCUUACUUUUCCUUCUGCAGCCAGGCGGCUUUUUUGGAGCACACCCUGGGGAAGUCCUCCUGCUUCUAGCAGAAAAGCAGCGUGGUCACUAGACCAGCUAGGCCGAGGUUGCUCCGUGUCCAUGUACUCGUUUAAGACAGGAAGGAAGGAUGGCUUCGUAGUUGCCAACCAUGUGUGAAGUCCGGUACCACCGCGUGCUAACAGUCGCAAAGACAUGCCGCUAGAGGAAUGUAUUGAACUCGUUACUGGAUCUUCCUUUUUAGUGAGAACAACGACAAGACUGGUUGCUGUAGCCCUGCCUGGUUUUGUACCUGUGUGUCUACAGAUUGAGUUGGCACUGCCCGGUCCCUUCUCGGAGUAUAGCAUAUUGUAUGACCUCAUUUGUCCCUUUGCAAAAGCACCGGCAUCAUUUCCUUAAGCCACCUGCCCCUGACAUGUUUUCUUCCUUAAUAAACAACUUUGAUCUGUGA